GUGUGAGACUUUCAAAUUACCUAUUGUAGACCCGGCCAGAGAGAAGACUCUCUGUAUUCGCUUUCUCACUUUGAUCGUGCGUACGUACAUUGAUAUUUUCAUGUAAAGUAGAGGGAGAGCAACGCAGGAGAAAAAGUUAAGUUUACUGAGGUUACAAAUUCGGGAGACUAAAAGAAAUUGAUUCCAAAGAAAAAAAAUAUCAAAUUUUAAUUGUAUAAACAAUAAAAAAUCAAUGACAACAAAGAAGGAACACAUUAAGCAAACACGUCUUAGCAUUGAUGAUCGUGUUAAAAUUUUAGAACGUCUUGAUAAAGGAGAGAAAGGUGUAAUUCUAGCACAAGAAUAUAAAGUAUCUACAUCAGCAAUAGCAAACAUAAAAAAAUCAAAAGAAAAUUUGCUGAAACAAAAAAGUUCACUUAUUAUAUGCCAAGGAAAAAUGUCUAAAAAAAGAUGCACAGGUGUCGAAAAUAGUCGUCUUGAUCAAAUGUUGUAUGAAUGGUAUUAUCAGGAAACAAACAUGGGGAUUCAUGUGACUGGAUCAAUGUUGCGAAAGAAGGCAUUAGAAUUAAACAAACUACUUAAUGGACCUGCGUCUUUUAAAGCAUCCACAGGAUUUUUGAAUAAAUUUAAAGAAAGACAUGAUAUUAUUUUAUCAGUUCAUAGAGAGAAAAAUACUGAUGAGGAAAAAGACUCUGCUGUUCAAGAUGCAAGUGAUGAUUUGUGUCAAGAAUUGACUAAUGACAAUGUAAAACAAGAAGACUGGGAAAUAUUAAAUCAAGUUGUCUUGCCUGAAAAUGACAUUGAUCAUGAGGAAAAUGAAGAAAUAGAAGUAGAAAUGGAAGAUAAGGAAUAUUUGGAUGAUAAUUCUGAAAAUGAUAUUACAGCAAAGAAUGCUUUUGAUGCGAUUAAUACAUUUAUCUGUUGGUACCAAAAUCAAAAUUAUCGUUCGCCCGAGGAAUGGCAAUAUUUAUGGAAAUUUUGGAAACAUUCACUAGAUCAAACUCUCCUUGCAAAAAAAAUAUAAUAGAAUAAAAGAAUAUAUGUUUAUUUUUGUAAUGUAAAAAAG